GUUCCGCCUUUCCGUGACAUUAAACUGAUAAGAUAAAUUAGUGUCAUAUAACAUUGUUGUAUAACUUAAUCCCGAUUAUAUUCUCCAAAUAGUUAUAGAGUGAAAAUGUUUCUUCCAGUGGCUGUUUGUCUGUUCAUUUCACACGCAGUGGUUGCCCAGAGUAAUUCCACGUUCUACGGAUGCGACUUCAUUCAGUCGUUUGCAUCAUGUGACCGUUUCAUUACAGACUCGUAUUGUGGAACAAAUAUUGUUACAUAUAAUAAUAGAUGCGAGUUCACUAAAGCCCAUUGCAAAGAUCCAUCUAUUGAUCUCUUGCACGUUGGAGAUUGCAGCGACUUAGAUAUUGCUACUGCGACACCUGUUCCCGGAAAUGAGGUCAUCGUGGAUUUUUUUUGCACGUCACUUAGUAAAACAAACUGUCCGACCGAAAUAGAAAAAGUAUGCGCUACGGACGGAAGGACAUAUAAUAACUAUUGUGAGUACGAAAAGGCAAAGUGUACCCACAGGGACAUUGGCGUUGCUAGCUACGGUGACUGCCCCGUCUGAAUGGAAUAAAUGAACCGCAUAGCAUUGUGCUUUUAGAUAUUAAACAUGUUUUAAAUCUGUUA